CGUCAUUCGUCGCCUGCGCAAACCGGAUGGUGUAUCCAGCGUAUCUAACUCUUACGAGUGCUCGAUAUAGCACGAGCAAGCAGCGUAACACAAGGCUGCACAACGUGUUAAAUCAUCGGUGAAUACACAACGCAAAUGGAGUAAUCGGAGGUACCAUUCGGAAGGAGGAAAGAACAGGCGAAAUAAAUCGAUCAAUAUGGGUCUUAAAGAUUUCCGCAUAGUGUUUGACAACCAAUGGAGUACAUAUUAUCCAGGACAAACUGUGACAGGUAACAUCAUCAUCGACCUGGACAGCACAAAAAAAAUUCGCGGUAUAAGUGUGAAAAUAAAGGGGGAGGCAAAUACUUGUUGGACGACCGACAAACAAGAAAUGGAUGAGAGAGGGCAAUAUCGGGAUGAAACUCAAACUGUUACGGGACACGAAGAAUAUUUCGAGACAAAAUACUACUUGAUUGGAUCAGCCUCAGGAGGAGAAAUUGAAAUACAAUCAGGAGAACACAAAUUUCCGUUUACAUGUUCUUUGCCAAUAAAUUUGCCGAGUAGUUUCGAAUCCGAUUUUGGAUAUGUUCGUUAUAUUGUCAAAGCUACCUUGGAUCGACCUUGGAAGUUUGAUCAAGAUGUUAAGAGUCCUUUUACGGUCAUCACUCCCUUGGAUUUGAAUCAAGAACACAGGGCGACUGAACCUAUAAGGCAAGAAAUGUCUAAGACAUUUUGUUGUUUAUGCUGUGGCACGCCACCUUUAACCGUAAAUUUUUCAUUACCAGUUCGGGGAUAUGUGCCCGGGCAGUCGAUGCCGAUAAAGAUAAACGUGGAGAAUUUGUCAAACGUUGUUGUAAACACCAUCAAGCUCGUGCUCUGUAAGAUCGUGACCUUUCGCGCUACCACACCGCACACUGACACUAGAACGGAAGAAAUUGUAGUGACGGAAAUCAGCAAAGGGCCAGUCGAGGGAGGUGGAACUGCUGAUUAUGAGCAGCAUUUGGACGUUCCGCCUCUUCCACCAUCGAAUCUCGCUAAUUGCAAUAUUAUCGACCUCGAAUAUAAUUUAAAAGUUGAAGCAUGUGUCGAAGGAUGGUAUCAUCGAAAUUUAUCUGCUAAUACACUUAUUUUCGUGGGAACAAUUCCGCUCGCUACUUAUCAUGCUCCAAGCGCUCCGCCUAAUGAAAUAAAUGGCGAUUUUUCAACGAAGCCACCCGAAGCUGGUUUCGUAAUACCUUCGGCGAAUACUGCGCUGCCUCCAUUACCGGAAUCCAAUUUAUAUCCAACUUUACCUCCGCCAUCCUACGAGGAGUCAUUAACUAGUGCUAGAAAUCUUCGCGAACGCGGAGAAUCGGAAUAUGUUUAUGGCCUAACUAAUCGUUUUGCACCUAAAUACCCGGUAUAUAAUUUUGCUCCCUUGUAAUAAAAAGGGAAUGAAAGAUAUUGCUAUAUUGAGAUUAACUUUUUGCAAAAUUCUUGGGACAUAUUUUGCUGCUCAGGUGAUAAGAGUUCUCAAGAAUGCACGUGAAUUGCUAAAUAUUUGUAUACAGUUUUAAAUAGCCAAUUAGUCAAACAGCAUUUUUUAGGAAACAUCAAUUAUGAAGCGCACAAUUUUUUGCAUAUAUAAUCUAAUGAACAAACGAGCAAUGCUUCUAUAGUUGGCAUUUAUAUUUUUAUACACGUAUUGAGCGCAGGUUAAUGGAUAUCGAACAAACUCUCGUCUGAUUGGGUAUAUUUGUUAUAUUAAUAUAUUUAUACAAGUAUAUAUAUAUACAUACAAGUACGUACAAUUUUGUAUAUGAAAGUAUUGCAUCAUGAGACAAGGAUUUCAGAUUGAUGAUUGCAUUAGUAAUUUUGUGUGUAAACGCACACUUUUCAGAAUAUUGCUACAUAUAAGUGCUACAUGUGUGAUAUACAUUAUAAUGAUGUGACGUACAAUGAAAUAAAAGAUCGAAUUCAGGAGUAUUAUAUGCUUUAUAUAAUUAUAAAUAAAAAAUACAUUUUUCAGAUUUUA